GCCCCCUUUUUGUUCUUAUCGCGUGUUAUAUAAGGAGUCCUAGAGUCGAUUACGCUUACAGACAAGGUGUCUUAAAGUCUUGCAACAGACAUGAUUCGGUCAAUUCUCUUACUCUGCCUGUUUGGCGCAUGCGCAGCCCACCAGGUCCACAUCACAAACCGCUGCUCACAUACUGUUUGGGUAGGGAUACUUGGAAAUUCAAUUCCAGACGGAGGUGGGUAUGAGCUAAGAGCAGGCGCCUCCCGCACUACCAACGUACCAAGCCACUGGUCUGGUCGCUUCUGGGGAAGAACCGGUUGCCAUGGUAACAGGUGUGAAACUGGUGAUUGCGGCGGUGGAAAAAUUCAGUGUAACGGUGCCGGUGGAGUUCCUCCUGUAACACUCGCUGAAAUUACAUUCGAUACCGGUCCGCAGAGUAUCCAAGAUUUCUAUGACGUCAGCCUUGUUGAUGGAUACAAUCUACAGAUGUCAAUGAGACCAAGUGGCGGUUACAGGUCUGGAAGCGGCCAUUACUACUGUUCCAGAGCUGGUUGCAAUACCGAUUUAAACCGAAGUUGUCCGCGUGAACUUGCAGUUCACGGCACAGGCGGUACUGUCGCUUGCAAGAGCGCUUGUCUGGCGUUUAAUCGUGAUGAUUAUUGUUGUAGAGGGGCACAUAAUGUACCAAAGACAUGUCCACCGUUCCAUUAUUCUCAGGUCUUCAAAGCGGCGUGUUCGGAAGCCUACAGUUACGCCUAUGACGACCAAGCUAGCACCUUCACUUGCAAUAACAACUCCCCCGGAACCUCAUCAUAUAAUAUUAUCUUUUGUGGUUAAAGAAAUGUGUACUUUUCAUUGAAACUUAUCCCAGAUUAAAGCAAUUACAUCAAG